AUGUUCCCCGUGCUGGGAAACAGGGAGUCGUGGGUACUCGCAUCGACGAAUACUCUCCCGGGCCACAUCGAUGGCAAUUCCGUCGAUCGAUCGCAUGAGUCAGAGUGCAAAAGGCACCGUACCUUGUUCAGCUCGGGCCUGCCACGCCAGCUAGCGUACCUCGAUCAUUUCCCUGAAGCUCAAGGAGCCUGUUGCAACUUGCAUGAACCACUGCUACUUAAGGCAAACAACUACUCCCAAAUUCCUAAUGGGAACACCUGUUUCAACGUUUCUGAUUAUUUCCCUGAUCACAACGUUUGCGAGUGCAAUCAAGACCUUCCAUACAAACUCACGCUUCCACCGACUGAUGUUGAAGUCAAUUACGUCUCCUCCCCAAAAAUCCGAGGCACGCUUACUAUCGUUUGGUCUUGCCUAUUCACGAUUAUUGCCUGUACCUGGACCGUCCAGCACCUUAGCCUCCCCUGGCAAAAAAAGCAUUACCCCCGCGAUAAUGACCUGAAGGGCAGGAAGGUGAAUGGAUGGAAUUGGAAGAUCCCGCCAUGGAAGGUAUCGAAAUGGAAGCACUCGACCGCGUGGUUUUUAGCCACGAUUCUGGCCCCGGAAAUCCCGCUGGGCAAGCACCUUGGCGAUUUGUGGCACGCGCUAAAGUUGCGACAGCAAUUUGAGGAGAAAUUCAAACCAAACAUCGAUGUGCGCGGCAAGAUUGAAUGGAAGGACAAGCAUUGGCUGUUCGCGAUCAUGGGUGGAUUUACCAUGAGGACGAAAGUCUCACCGGACAAAAUCACGCAUGUUGGGGACAGCUUCCCCCCGUCCGAAAUCAAGUCGUCCGCAAGGCCGGAGCCGUUACGAGCUGAGGGCAUCGAAUCGGUGUUGGAAACUGCGAUCUCAGGUGAGGUGAUUGCUCGGGCAGUACAGGAUCUGGCAGUCUCUCAGCUAGAGAUCGCGACCGUGGCAUUUACACUCUGCGCGGUCAUCAUCUACGCACUUGCCUGGAACAAGCCGCAGGGGGUCAAUGUCCCAAUCACUAUCUACCAGGUCUCCGACCGAGGCAAUGGGUUGGGCGCUAUACUGGAGAAAGAGAGAACGCCCACCAGUGCAUCCCGUGCUAAGCAGUCCUGGGGAGAGUUGAGAAAGAAGAGAGCAAAAGCAUUUGGGACGGGAUUUGAGGAUUACUUCAAAACUGAAGACGGAGAGAACUACGAUGGACCGUGGAUUCUCGCAGCAGCAAGUCUUACUGGAACGCUCUUCGGCGGAGUUCAUCUCGCAGCCUGGAACUGCCAUUUUCCCACUAGCACUGAGAAACUGUUGUGGAGAAUCGCCGCGCUCCACACCACCGCUUUCCCACUCGGUCUUCUAUUAUUGAUCUUUAUAAUCGCCGAAAUGACGGACGAGACAACGAAAAAACCGGAGCCGGGCUCAACAACCAAUGCGGCGGGCAACCUUCCUCAAAAAAGGCACCACAUACGCGAAGGCAUUGCAACCAUUAUUGUCGUACUUAGCAUUAUACUCCUUCUCUUGGGCUUUAUUGUCUAUUUCCCUGCCAGGUUAUAUCUCCUGCUUCCCUUCCAUUUCUUUACCUGCGAACUCCGGUCCCCCUCCAUCACUAUCACGGCGUAUAGCCAGUUGCACCAUCCGAAUCCUGGAUCCGAAUCCUCCCCCGGUGCGCCUCUCACGAGACUGACGGCACGCCGUGACACGAGACAGAAUGGCAGGGACUGUUGGAAGCUAUCGCCCGCCGCUAUUACGCGCGCUCCCACGGGGACCCUCCUGCACUGGGUAGCAGAGGCCUUCGACCGGUCCGGUGGCGCAGAGGAGCUCGCGCUCUUUGGCCGCGUGCUCGAGUUGAUCGAAAGGGAGCAAUGGCCCGUGGGAUUACCGCUCGACUUAUUCUAUUUUUAA